AUGACAGACGAUCUGCGGAAGAUCGUCGUCCGGGCCAACCCGGCGAUCACGGACGAUGCCGAAGACGGGGAGAAUGAGCUGAUGGAGGGCGUCGAGGAAGAGCCGGAUUGCCUGCCGGGAGUCUCGUCUGCUUCUGCCGAACAUUCCGACUUCAACUCGCCAGACCCCUUCGAGAUUCCGAGCCCCAAGAAGAUGCUGAAGCGAAGAAUGAUCAAAUCGUUCACCACUGAGGACCGUCUUCUGUUGAUCGCUUGUGCGGCGGAUUCGGAUAUGAAGACUUUUGGAAUUAUGGAAAAGGAAGAAUACGAGUACGACUAUUCGUCAGGGAAAUUUCGAUGUCCCAUAUGCUUCAAGCAGACCGAUUUGAAACGUCUCCAUCAAUUACGUCACAUCUGGCGUUUCUCAGCGCGACGCCUACUCCCCUUCUCAUUCUCCGAUUACGCCAUACUU